GGGAGUUUGAUUUCCGGGAUGUAAGUCAAAGAUGACGUCACAUCUUACACUAUAAAAGUAUCUUGCCUGGCUCAGUCACUGCAUCACUUUCAGACCCAGCUCAGGCUUCUACAUCCAGAGUUACUUUGGGAAAGCAUCAUGCAAGUCUUACUUUGUGCAACCGUUUUCUUCGCAGUAGCGUUUACCUCCCUUGCUGCACCUCCCAAGGGUGACAAUCCACGAGGUAAAUGCGUAAGAGAAGCCUCUCUGAACGCAACGACUCAAAGAUGUCACUGCAUUGAUGGUUUCAAGGGAGAUGGUGACCUGUGCUGUACACAGCAAACAUCUGGUCUGUGCAUCCUGAGAGAUGAUCCAGAACUGAAAUCCGCCAGACACAUGACAGCCUGGAUCAACUUCCCAUGUACCUACAGCGUGGCUAAAGUUAGCAGCCCGGUUGGGAACUUAGCUUGCGAGCUGGAAAUUUUCGCCGCUGGAAACUUUAUUGAAUAUGCUCAGUAUAAUGACCAUCUUGGUAUUAGGAUCAAAAUCGGCACAGAAGAGAAAGUUUUGAAACUCAUCAGUACUAAAGUCUAUGACCCACAGACCAGAACCUACACUGAUAUGGGACAAGGUAAAAGCUCUCAAGUAUUUAUGGCCAAUCAAGAGUUCAACAUGGGCUAUGAUUUCUUCCAGAAGAGAUGGUCCAUUUCAGGCUGCGGUGGACAAAUUAUUUUCAGAUCUCCAGUCAACAGCACAGUUCUUCAGUCCUACACACCUGGUAUCUGUGUCAUAGCCCCAAAGAACCAGAUCGUCGGCACAGUCGCUUCAGGCAACAUCUGCAAUCUGAAUGUGAACUACAAAAACACUCCUUACAACUCCAUCGAGCUGAAGCUGUUGUCUGUCAUGGUGGCUGGACACAAAGAUAUCAGUAACGUACUCAGAGUUGACCCUGAACCUAUCAAAGACGAGUGCGACGACAUCUCCAUCAGCUUUGCCAAGUGCAGAAAUGCUGAGAAAGUGGAUGCCAUUAAGACAUGCGGCCCUAUUCUGACCAGAAGCCCUGUCAAACACUGCUUCGCGGCCAACAACGUGAACAUAGUGACAACCUUCAAGGAUUGCGUUCAGGCUUAUUGUGACAAGGAUCAGGAGGCCUGCCGUCGUCUGAAAGAGAGCCCAGCAGUGGACAAAUGCCACUUCAAGGCCGCCCUCUGUGACAGGAUCUAAGUUGAACAGCCCUGCCUACUGACUACUCAAGACAUGACACACUGGAUUAGAGGCUUAAGAAUUUAUCUACUACCAGAAGUGAAACUUUAUUUUGAAUUUUAAUCCUGUUCUAUCAAGAUCGAUUUGUUUUCAGUUUUAUGUACUUUAUUUAUAUCCAUUCUGACCUGUUGACCUGAUUAUUUACUAAUCACACCGAUAACGAAAUAAAGUUACCUUCUCUACA